CUCGGCCCGGAGCGUCCGGGGUCGUGCCCGGGGCCCGGGAGGGGCGGGCGGCCGCGCCCGGGGCGGAUAAAAGGGCGGCGCGGCGCGGGGCCCGCUUUCUCCGCGCCGGGCCCGCAAAGCGCCGCUCGCCGGCCGGCACCGGACGCCGGAGCCGGGCGCGGGAGGCACCGCCGGGCAGCGGCAUGGCGGGGGUGGCGUGCGCGCCGGCCAGGCCGAGCCUGACCUCCAUCUCGUCGGGGGAGCUGCGCAGCCUGUGGACGUGCGACUGCGAGCUGGCCCUGCUGCCGCUGGCACAGCUGCUGCGCCUGCAGCCCGGCGCCUUCCAGCUGCGCGGCGACCAGCUCGUGGUGCCCGGCCCCGGGGGGCCCGCGGCGGCGGCGGCGGCGGCGCGCGGGGGCUUCAACGUCUUCGGCGACGGCCGCGUGCGCCUCGACGGGCAGCCUUACCGCCUCAGCAGCUACAUCAAGAGGUAUGUGGAACUGACCAACUACUGCGAUUAUAAAGACUACAGGGAAACUAUAUUGAGCAAGCCAAUGCUGUUCUUUGUUAACGUACAGACCAAAAAAGACACCUCAAAAGAAAGAACGUACGCGUUUCUCGUGAACACAAGGCACCCCAAGAUAAGAAGACAGAUAGAGCAUGGAAUGGACAUGGUCAUUUCCUCAGUGAUCGGGGAAAGCUACCGGCUUCAGUUUGAUUUUCAAGAGGCGGUACAAAAUUUUUUCCCUCCAGGAAACAAGGUGGUUAAUGGAGAACAUUUGAGCUUUGCGUAUGAAUUCAAAGCUGAUGCAUUAUUUGAUUUCUUCUAUUGGUUUGGGCUCAGCAAUUCUACUGUAAAGGUAGAAGGAAAAGUUCUGAAUUUGUCAAGCACAAGUCCAGAAAAGAAGGAGACAAUUAAAUUAUUUCUGGAAAAAAUGAGUGAACCUUUAAUCCGAAGGAGCAGUUUCUCUGACCGAAAAUUCAGUGUAACUUCCAGAGGUUCAAUAGAUGACGUUUUCAACUGCAGUCUGUCACCCAGAUCAUCUCUGACGGAGGUUCUUUUGGCAGAAUUGCCAUUUCCAAGUGUUCUGGAAUCGGAAGAGACACCCAAUCAAUUUAUCUGAUUGAUUGAACACUUUGUGGUCCCUGCUACCUGCCAGGCCUGUGCCAAGACAGAAGGCUGGGGGGAGGCAAGAGGUGGUGGGAGGCGGGCACUUCCCCCUGCUUGUCCGUCCCUGUGCUCCCUCGGGAGGCUCCUGUCUUCCGUUUCCCUGGGGAUGCCCUGGCCAGCCGAUGCAGCUGACUCCAGGAAGGGCGGGCUUUGGCCCAGUGGCCCGGAGGGCUAUCUUCCCCUUUGAACACUUCUCCAAAGAGGCAGAGGGAGCACCCUGAAUGCUUUGCUUAGAACCCCAGCAUCCUGGGAGCUCCCCAGGCAGCCUUUGAGGGGCCAGUCUGACUUGGGCGUUGACUGUGGAUACUGCAUAAAUCAGCGGUCCUCUGCUCGGGAUCUCCUCCUCGUCUGAACCCAACCCCAGCAAGUGGAUGGUUAGCAGUGCUAUCUUCUUGCAAACGUGGCUGGACAAAAAGCCUAGGACACCUUUCACUGGAAGACAAGUAUGUUUCCCAUCCUUAGGAGAAACAUUCUGGGGAGGGGUCACUGGAGGAUUGGCCAGGUCGAGAGGACGGUAACCUGCCACCCGCUGCCUGAAACUUGAGCUCCCUUGGCCUCUUUCUCUCAUCAAAAUGAUGUAGAAAGAGGCCGAUAACGCGGAACCAAAUAGUGACGGGGGAAGGAUAACGUACUUGGCAGUGUCUUCUGGUGAAAGCGGGUUAUGUCAGUUGGGUGUUUUAAACAAGCUUUUAGCAACCCUAACACUAAAAGCAAAAAAGAAGGAAGCUGUAACAUUACCAUAAUACAUUGUUACAUCAGUACAUUUUUCAUCUCCUAGCUACAAUGGAGUUCUUCAAAAAGAAAAAAAAUUCCUAUUUACAUAUAAAACCUGCAUUGAAGGAAUCGCUACAUAUGCUUAUAAAGAGGAAGAUUUAUGGGUCCUUAGUAUAAUUUUUCUAUUCUUUUUAAACAACUUCCUGUAUUAUACAUUUUGAUAGCACUCCUGAUUGUCCCUUCAUUUAUAUUUGAUAUGUUGGGUACUCUGUGCAAUUAAAACUUUUCUUAGCAUUCAA